AUGUAUCAAUCCUCUUCUUCUCUCCCCAAAUCAUUCUAUUUGGAUCGUCUUGGCAACAUGUCGACGUCUUCUUCUUCCACGUCAUCUGGAGGAAUGGGCGGAGCUUCGAUCGAUGGAUCCAUUGGAUGUCGCAAACAGAUUCUCACUCUCAAACCGAAACAAUCUGCCAAUGGAUAUGUUCAGCAUUUGGAGUUCAAGGAGAAGGAACCGUCUCCACUCAUGACUCCACAAGUCGCCGCCGCCGCUCCAGUGACAAUGUUGGCAUUGAAGAAGAAGGAGAAGUCGGAUAAGAACGUGGUGACAAUGCUCGCCUACCGUAAGCCGGCCUCUUCAGCCGGAUCGACGUCUUCUGCUUCGUCUGCAUUCGAACAUCAUCUGAGUGUCGCCCAUCAGAAUCAUUUGAUCAAUAUGCAUCAUUUGAUGAACAAUGGAAAUGGAGGAGGACACGGACUCCAUCGUCCGUCAUCUCCAAACUCUUCUGGAUACGACUCGGAUUCGUUGGUUGAGCAGGAGAAUUGUGAUGUUUUCACGAGCCUUCUCAACUCGGCCUCCUACGCCUACAACAACGGUUUGAUGAUGAUGGCGCCGGAGCACAUUCAUCACGAUAUGCUCCACUCGCAUCCAGUUUGGUCGCCACAAGUCGCUGGAAAUGGGGCACCGAACGGCACCAAUAAUGUCUCUUCUCCAUAUUUUCAUCGUGAGAAUGAGAACAAAUUUCUCGUUCAAUAA